GCCGCGUGGAGGGAGGUUCGGCUCCCGGAACCCGCGUUGUUUGGAGCGGAGGCGCCGUGGGUCCGCCUCGGCUCUCCGCCCGCCGCGCUCCGGCCGCACGCGUUCGCCGGAGCCUGGGUCCUCAGGGAGCAGUGUCUUUCAGAGUUUCCCCACAUUUCUGGUGUAACUAGUUCCAAUGGCUGGGAAUAAAGGAAGAGGACGUGCUGCUUAUACCUUCAAUAUUGAGGCGGUUGGAUUUAGCAGAGGUGAAAGGUUACCUGAUGUAGUACUGAAACCACCCCCACUAUUUCCUGAUACAGAUUAUAAACCAGUGCCACUGAAAACAGGAGAGGGUGAAGAUUAUAUGCUGGCCUUAAAACAGGAGUUGAGAGAAACUGUGAAAAGAUUGCCUUAUUUUAUAGAAACACCCGAAGAAAAACAAGAUAUUGACAGAUAUAGUAAAAGAUAUAUGAAGGUGUACAAAGAAGAGUGGAUACCAGAUUGGAGAAGACUCCCAAGAGAAAUGAUGCCAAGGAAGAAAAUCAAAAAAGGUCCCAAAUCCAAAAAGGUGAACGACACUGGCAAAGACAUUUCACUCACUAAUACUGCAGAUGUACUGAAAACAAUUGAGGAAUUGGAAAAGAAAGGUGAUGGUGAAAAAUCAGAUGAGGAAAAUGAAGAGAAAGAAGGAAGCAAGGAGAAAAGUAAGGAAGAUGAGGAGGAGGAGGAAGAUGAUGCUGCAGAACAAGAGGAAUAUGAUGAAGAAGAGCAAGAAGAGGAAAAUGACUACAUUAAUUCAUACUUUGACAAUGGAGAUGAUUUUAUCGUAGACAGUGAUGACAACAUGGAUGAAGCAACCUAUUAGCUAUGAAGUUAACCCAAAAAUAUUUCUAUGAUACAGCUUCUGAACAUUUGGAUAGAUUUAUUUCCUUAUUUCUGAUAAGAAAUGAGUAAGUAUUUUUGUUUCUGUUUUGUUGACAAUAUUUGUUACCAAAAUAUUUGGAACCAUUUUGAGUUCACACACUAGUUACUUUACCAAUUAGUCUCUGACACUGACAUUCCUUCUCCGCACCUCUUUUUGCCUCUUAAGUAUUCAAGUGAAAAUUUUAUUUUUGGUAUUAUUUGGAUUAGAAUAUGCCUAAAGAGUUUUUGCAUCUUUUAAUCUACAUAUUUGUACUUGAACAAAUUAUUCUUAUUUAACUGCUUGCUGAUCUUUUAUAAAACUAUUACUUGUCAUCAUAAUGGAUUUCUGUAACCUGAAAGUUGAUUUAAUACUGCACAUGGAGCACUUUAAAAACAAAGAAACUUGAAAAUAAUUUUACUUUUUACUUUUACAUGGUAUGUUCUAUGCUACUAUAUGAUGACUACAUAAACCUACCUGCGUUCUUAAAAUUGCAUAUGAGAUUAGAAGUUUGUGAUAAAAAAUAUACACAGAGAAAAAUAUCAGUCAGAGCUAUAUAAAUUUUUU